UGUGAUGUGAGGUUGAUUAUCGUUUGAUUAAUGAUGGAUUGGAUUCAUUGCAAUAAUUGUUUUGCUCAAUUAGAACCUGGCAUUACUUUACACUUAACGUCAUGUGGUCACAUGUUUUGUAACUGUUGUUUAGAAAAAGGCGGUAAAGACAGUACAUGUUUAAUAUGCCGAGCGCCGUGUUCCAUCAUGAAACUCGUUCCGGACAUGAAACAAGAGAUUCAAGAUUACUUUACCGAUCCGGAGGAACUAAUUAAAAAGUCCUGUGAGGUGUUACAGUUUCAGAGGCAACAUAGACGGCGGUUGUUAUCUUAUUUAUUACAAUCGACGAAAAAGUUUCAAACAGCCCGUACUGAGUUGAAACGUAUGACGGAACUGUGCCAAAAGCAACAUAACCAGCUGAAGGAGUACCAGAGAACCAUAAGGAGUUUAGAAGCUCAACUGGCGAGCCAAUCGAAGCAAAUAUCGCCGUUCAACAUCCCCAUAUCGCCAGGGACCAAUAUAUCCCCAAGCUUCGUGCAAACCACGCCGACUUAUAAGCGAAAUGCGAAAAGUACGCCGUUCUCGGUCCAGUAUCAGUCCAACCUGGUGACCCCGACGCGGAUAAGCAAGCAGAGGUCGGCCAACAUCAGCGCGCAUAGUCAGCGUUCAAACACUUCAAACAAGAUAUCUUCAACAGUCUUCACUCCACCGACUCCAGAGUCCGCUGGGUACUCCAACUUUUUAAAGAGUCUUUAA